AUGAUCCCAGAUCCGUUUGAUGCUUCCUUGUUAAGAGAACAUGCGUUUCAAGGGACCAAUGAUUUAAGCACUGUUUUGAGCCCAAACACGUUUACCGAUGAAGGUGGGUACAAACCCGUAUUGCAAUACGGAUUGGGUUAUUUCAACUACGGGCUUGUGUUGGACGAUGAAGUUUACGAUUACUCGCUGUGCGAUAUCAUCAGAGGCCAUGUCUACGAACAUUUUGUGUGUUAUUUUUAUUGUUUCAUGAUUUUGUUUACGGUGUGGAUAGUAAGCCUGACCUGGGUAUCUGGAAGUAAGAAGAACAAGUUCGGCUGGAGUAAGAAGAAGGACGACUUCAAAAUGGAAGGUGGCGAUUUGGAGUAUCAGCACGUCAAAGUUUAG